AUGUGUACAUAUCCUUCGUUCUAUUGUUCUUAUUUCUCUGUUCUUCAUAAAUACUCCAUCACAUACCUAUGCCACCGCACCACCACAGGUAAACCCUUCUCCCUUCUCUCCCCUCUCCAAAACCUAACAUUUCCCUCUAUUGUCUUUGCAAACCCCUACCCCCUUUUGCUUCUCCCUCUCUUCCCUGAUGCCAACUCCCUCACCCAAUUUUUCCUCUUUCUGCGAAAAAACACACAGACCCACAUAGACCCCACUCUACCCCUUCUACUUCUCUCUCUCAUAUACACGUGUAACCCCUUGCACAUGCACACAUACACUACUUCUCUUUCUCAUGCAAACACACAAAAUUUAAACUCCAAAUUUUACUACUAUUUGCUAAAUAAUGAUUGA